AUGAGUGCCAAAGAAGUUAAUGCAGAUGAACUUACAGAUUGGAAAUCGAUUAGAGAGGAGAUCAACAAGUUCAAGCAAUGGGUUACCAAGAUUCAUGAGAUUGGAGGAAUACCUCAGUAUGACUUGAAAAAAAUCACAAGCACAAUUGACAUCUGGGUAUUGUCUCUCGAUGACAAGAAACGUUUCUUCAAUAAGAAGAAGUUCAAGUUCAGUUAUAAACCAGGCAGAGACAAUAGAUCGUCCUACAUCGAGUCUUCACAGCCUUCAACUUUUGGUACGCCGACUAUGAUUGGGAAAGACGGAAUUAAAUGCAUCAUCGAAAAGCCACAUCAGAGUGUAUCACUCUUUGAGAUCAAGAACUCGAUAAUAAUUAUCCCAGCAGAUAUGGCCGCCGGAGCUAUUACUUUGAAGAACUGCAACGAUUCGAUAUUCAUGAUACAUUCUGAGUCGUUUCUGUACGCCGAAGAGCUAGAGAACUGUAUUAUUAUUGGAAGAACUCAUCAGAUGAGAUUGCACAAGUCUAUGGGUGUUUACCUCGAUAUUCAGAUUGAGAGCACGCUCAACAAAAUCAUUAUCGAAGAAUCGACGUCCAUAAAAUUUGUUAACAGUCGCAAUGUCGAAAUAGAUGACUUUAACGAGCCUUCAAAAAAGCAUCUGAAUUACACUAUGGUGGGAAAGUUGGUGAACGAAGCGGAAAUCGCUGAAACUCAGCCCGAAUCGCUCCCCAGCCUGAUCAAAUCCAUAAUAUAG